UUUACUGUUUGUAUCACGUCGUCCACGCAAUAGUCGUUGUCUCGUUGACGGUUGUUCUAUCGAAGUAAUACUAAGUUUCCUCAAAAUGUGGUCUACAUACGUGGCCGUCGUUGUCGCAGUGGUGGCUUACGCCGAUGGACAUUCCAUCGGUGCCCCUGUCAGCGCCUGUAAGGAUAUGAUCCCGAUGCACGGUGUCUCUGCUCAGAACACCCCGGCGCCUUAUGUUAUCACGACCAGCUCUGAGAAUAUCAAAGCCGGUACUCCAAUGGAGGUAGUGAUCUCGGGCAAGCAAGCAAACGAUACCAUCAAAGGACUUCUGCUGCAAGCUCGACAGGGUAACAAUAUUGUGGGCACAUUCAACGUCGCUCCCAAUGAUCCAUUCGCCCAGCUCUUGGACUGUGGGACUCCUGGUAACGCAGUGACACACAAAAAGCAUGACGCUAGUUUAGAUAAGCAAACUGUCGCUUUCACCUGGACUCCCCCAGCUGAUUUAAAUGGCGAGAUUAAAUUCAGAGCCACCAUCGCGUACAACGGUGGAGUGUUCUGGGUCGGCGUUGAAUCAGCCCCAGUCAAAGUGAUCAAAUAAAUAACUUUCAUUCUUCUUUCUUCACUACCUUUCUUUCCUUAUUUAUAUUAGUUUUUUGACAUGAUAUAUGUCAGCAUCUCUUCCUUUGUAUGGUCAAUAAAAAUUGCCUAAUCUAUUCUACCUGUUUAGGUAUUCUUGCCAGAUAUGGGUGUAGAUUAUAUGUCAUAAUUUAGAUCUAUACCUAUAUUGCUUCAUAAUAUUCAAACCUAUAUUUUAUUUUAUUUUGUCUUGCUUUUUCUGCUUAUUAUGUUUAAUUAGUAA